ACCCUACGAAUUAUGAAAGCUUUAGUGGUGAAAGGAAUCGGGAACGAAAGACCGACUGUGUUAAGUUAAAUCAGUGUUCCUGAUGCGAUUAUAUAAAUUUAUAUUUACUAUACUAUAACAAUACUGAUAACAUUUUAUGUCUGCAGAGUCUAACAUUUUGCCAAUUAUUAAUUUUAUUUAGUCGUUCACGUCCUCCUAACAUUUUAUAAGACCUUUAACAUGGCUCACAGCCAGCAUGAGCACCAUCACUCGGGUCAUGACCACAUGGAGCACCAUGACAUGAGUCAAGCAGAUUAUACAUUAAUGAAUGAAGGUAUAAAUUCAACCUUAAGACAAGGCAAUGGAGAUCAUAAAAGUCAUGCUUCCCAUGGCUCAAUGAUGGCUAUGACUUUCCAUGGCGGCUAUGUGGAGACAAUCCUCUUCUCCUGGUGGGACGUAAAAGAGAUCGGACCGUUCAUUGGCUCAUUCAUUGCAAUCUUUAUCAUGGCUUUGCUAUACGAAGGCCUUAAAUAUUACAGAAAACAUCUGCUGUGGAAAUCGUAUGCGGGCCUACAGUACUGCGCAGUGGCGCCACCUGACAAGGGAGUCCAGAACAUAUGCAGCCCUGAUGAACCUCAAGUUAUACAGCCGGGGCCGCAUGCUCUAGAAAGGAAUGUACCGACGAUGCUAAGCGGCGCGCACGCCUACCAAACCGUGCUCCACGGUCUCCAGGUGUUCAUCAGCUACAUGCUCAUGCUCGUGUUCAUGACGUACAACACGUGGCUCUGCGUGGCCGUCGUGCUCGGCUCGGCCACGGGCUACUUCCUCUUCGGCUGGCGCGAGUCCGUCGUCGUAGACUUCACCGAACACUGUCACUGACACAAACUCAAAUAACGAGGUCGGGUGACGCAAAACACGUAAUACUGAAUGAGAUCCGGAUUACCUAUAGACGAACAAUAUAAAGCAUUGUGUUUAUUUUUAAGCAUAAACGUUCGCUGUUUAGAUUAUAAAUACCUGCUGUACCUAAAGUGUAAUAUUUAAGUUAAAAUUUAAAGUGUUAUUUUUUAAAGUGGCAUGAAAAAUUGAGCUUGGCCUAAACACACAAUACGUAUUAAUCAUUAUGUAAUGUCCUUGUUAUUACAGAAUAGAUAUGGCUAAGCUAUUCUGUAAAAUUAUUCCUUGAAUUGCAUUCCUCUUAUUGUCAAAAUGAAUGCCUUAGCUAAGAGAAAAUACCAAGGUAUUUAAAUUGGUGAUGGUGUGAUAUGUUAUAUGCACAAAAACAUGUAGAGAUACAUAAAAAUGAUUUAUUUACUAUUUACUUGGUAUUUACCCUACGAAUUAAGGUAUUUAUUUUGGCGAUAAGAAAACUGUAUUUAUGCGAUAAAUUAAAAAGUAAUUAUUAUAUUUACCAAAUAAAGCACCUAGUGUAAAAAUCAUUUAUUUGCAACAUUUUUUUUGCAUCUCUUACUCAAUGCGCGCCACCGGAAUUCCUUGCAACUAUUUGUAUAUUACCUACUUUAGACGCCCGGGAUAUCGCAUUAUAUUGUUCGUCAUUAGCUGAAUUGGAGAUGAUCAUUUUGCAUACGUUUUUUGUGUCAACUGUGUAAUGACACAGGAGUACAGAAACGGAACAGAGACUUUUCCAUACUGUGAAAUACAUUACUACAAUCGCGCGGCUUGCGCUUCUCUCACGCUGCGCGUGCGGCAGUAGUGUACAGUCGCCAUCAGAUAUAUCGGAGCAGCCAAGGUGUUCACAAAUAUCUGAACACGCCUCUAUUGUCAAGGCGUUAGAGUGCGCGUUCAGAUAUUGUGAACACCUUGGCCGCUCCGAUAUAUCUGAUGGCGACUGUACACGGCAUGGUUUUACGACGCUGUUACUUUACUCCAGUGGUUAUGAUGAUUUAGCACCGGCUAGGAGACGCGUGGCCUAGCGUUAAAUUUCAUGCUUAUGUAAUUUGUAUAUUGGAAAUUUGCCGCUGCGCCUUGUCUCGUUCACCGGUAAAGCACUCCCAGGUACCUACAGCACAUCUAGCCUGUGACUACUACAAUACAAACUAGUAUUAAAAUAUGUUAAAUAGUAUCCUCGCUUUUUUGUUGCGUAGUUCAAAUGAAUAUAUAAAUAUCGUGUGUAAAAUAAUUCACGUUUUAAGAGGACACAUGUUGUUUAAGUACUUUUUGGGCGACGAUUUUGAUGUUUAUUUUAGUACCAGUUAUACCUUUAUAGAAUAUUGUAUAUUUAGAAUAAUGAUAUGAAUAUAAAUGCUUUGAUCUGGAAAAA